CCGUAGGGAAAGAGACGGAGGAGUGUGGUCUCCUCUCGUUCUUCAACGUCGCCUCUGGGCGCUUACAGAUUUUCCGACCAUGAUGGGUCUCCGCGUGUGCUGCGUUCUUGGCCGCCUCCUCAGGAGAGCUGCAGCGGCAGGCCCUUUCCGCGCCCAGCCAAAUGUGCUUCAAGCGUGUUCAUCUUUUGCUACUGGACCCAGACAGGAAGUUGGCACUUUCUAUGAAUUUCGUACUUAUGACAUUAAGCCAGCAAAAUUAAAGGAGUUCCUUGAAUUGGUCAAUAAAUGUAUUAAGAUUCGUAUGGUUCACUCACAGAUGAUUGGAUUCUGGACAGCUGAAUUUGGGGCAAUGAAUAAGGCGUUUCAUAUUUGGAAAUACGAUAAUUUUGCGGACAGAGCAGCUGUAAGGAAGGCUGUAAUCAAUGAUAAAGAAUGGCAGGAAAAAUUGGCUGCAAUUCUUCCACUUCUGAAUAAACAGCAUAUGGAAAUUGCUUACUUGGUCCCCUGGUGUGAUUUGGGGAUCCCACCAAAAGAGGGGAUGUAUGAGUUGGUGACUUACCAGUUGAAACCAGGUGGACCAGCUUUAUGGGGAAAUUCAUUCAAAGCUGUUAUUGAUGCACAUGUUAGUAAAGGCUAUGCAAAACUGAUUGGUGUUUUCCACACAGAAUAUGGAUUUCUUAAUACAGUUCAUGUGCUUUGGUGGUUUGAGAGUCCGGAUAUCCGGGCAGCUGGAAGGCACAUGGCCCAUGAAGAUGCCAGAGUGGUAGCAGCUGUUCGGGACAGUAUUCAGUUCUUGGAAGCCCAGCAAAACAUGCUUCUGAUUCCUGCAUCGUUUUCACCUUUGAAGUAGUUUUAUUCCAGUUGAAGGACAGCACCGAAAAUUUUUAUUUUCUGCACUCCAACCCUCACUUGCACUUUGUAUCUGUAGAUGCAGAUUGAGUGUAGUUUUGAAUAAUAGUCAUUAUUUGUGGAAAUUCAAGUUAUCCCUCUCAAAUAAAUGCCUUUCUAAUUAUCUGCAUAAAAAUAGAUUCAAACUAUAUGAGCAAAUCAUGACACUUAGUAUGAAAUAUUAGUAUUUGAAUAUUUAGAGCUGAGAAUGAAAAAAUGUGGGAUGGGUUUGAAUUAAUAAUUUCAUCCUGGUGUUACGGUGUUAAAUGUCUUAAUUUACAAAUACAACUAAAAGCAAAUGAUAAAACAUUAUAACUUAAAAGUGCUCAGACUUGUAAAAUGAAUACUAAAAAGUUGAUGUCACAAUAUAUUAAUCAGGGAAUUCUCAUUAUUGUGUAAGUUGCAGUGAGAUCAAGAGAAUGAAGUUUCAGAUAUUACAGCUGAAAUUUAUUUAUUGUUGAGUAUUUGUUGCUGGAUCUGAACUUUCUGUUGUAUUCAUUAUUGCAAUAUUAUGAUUGAGAUUAUUAAAUGCAAAAUUAAAUAGCUUUUCUG